AUGACUAUAUUUAGUUUUCUACCGCUUUUAAUAUUUCCCUACAUUGGUCAAUGCGUUGUCAUAGAAUACUUGCGAGACGAAAAUAAUUUGCAGAUAGUAUAUGAUGAUCUCAUGAAAAUUGAUUUUGGAAUUCCACAAAUAGACCACCUUAAAAAAAUUGCUGCAUCUCCAAAAAACUCGGACAAAAUGACGCGAAAUGAUUUAUUAACACAAGCAAUUCAAUCCAGAGUAAAAGAUUUAGAAUGUGGAAUUAAAAUUAUGGCUUUGUCUGUAAUGUUAGGAACUGAAAUACAAAUAAAUCACAUUAAAUCUUUAGAAAAAAAAAAAUGGAUUUAUAUACCACUUUUGAUGAUGUACUACGAACCAAUAUUUUGCCAAACAGCUUACCAAAUGUUAAGAAUACUUUAUAACAUGGGAUUAAAGGAUAUUUUGGAUAUUUGGAUGUUUACAAUGUUAUAUUGUGAAUGUCCAUACAGCUUGGAUGUUAGAAUCUUACCAGAUUUAAUGAAAGCGAGAGAACUGAUAUACCAAGAACUUAAAAAAUCUACUAUGAAUUGCAAUGUAAAAAGUACACAUGACAUCACUAAUCCUCAACAUUUAUUGAAUAUUGAAUACAAAAUACUAAACUCAUGUUUACUUAAAAGUUUAACAAAAGUUUAUAUUUUUGAAAGAAAAGUUUUCGAUGAGGUUACAAGUGCUUUGUCUAUUUAUGCUGAGUCAAAUAUCAUUAUAAAAAAUCGUGAUAAAUUUUGUGUAAAUAAUUUAUACUUACGUCAUGAUGAUAAAUUAUCAUUAUAUAAAAAUGAUGCCAUAGGUUAUUUACAAAAAAACUACGGAUACGGUAUACAAUGGGGAAAUGCUAUUAAUAUUAUCGAAACUUCGAUGGAAGAAACUAUGGGUGUUGAAAAGUUUUUCAACAGAUUUUAUAAUAUAAAAAUAUUGCACACUCAAUUCUUGGCGCAAAUGAAUAUUAUAUUCUCUCGGCUGAUUGCAAUUCAUAUUUUAAUGGUUUAUGACAAAAUAACUAAUAAAAAAAAUAUAUUUAUAUCUGAAGUUGGUAUGGAAGAUUUUGUGUUAGAUGCAAAUUAUAAAAUAAUACAAAAAAUUGAUUUAUUUACAUCUUUAACUGGUUAUUCAAGAAAUAAAUAUUUUGCUAAUUUAAAGGAAUAUUUUUCUUAUGAUGUGUAUGCAUUUUGUGACUACAAAGAUUUUCAAUUAAAUAUAAUAAAGUCACAGCUUAAAGACUUGUGUCUAAUGUUUGGAAACGAAUGUAAUGCUACUAAAACGUUGGAAACAAAUUCUAUCAGUUUUUUUGAUGAUUUAAAAAAGUCAUAUCAAAAUGUUGUAGAAACUGUUUUAAUAGAAAAACCCAGUCUUGUCGGAGAUGAGGAUGAAUUUAUUAUUGUAGAUAAUACUUAUUGUGUGUAUAAAAUUGUUGAUACUUUUGUAAAACAUUUAAGUUUUAUUUUAGAGAACGUAGACUACGAUAUAAUAAAUAAAAUACUUUAGUCUGUUUUAUUAAUGAAUAGCUGUGCAUAUUUCAUUUAAU